AUGAGCGAAAUGGGUGAAAUUCUGCUGCGUCUGCGUCUGCUGCUGCUGCUGCUGCUGCUGCUGCUGCUGCUGCUGCAGCGCAUAAGUCGUUCGGGGUCUCUGGACUUGUCCAUUAAAUGGGAAGCAGAAAAUUCGGAAAUAAAUUUUGAUGAUUGUCUGACUGAUGUCAAGCAAGUUGCUGCUGCAACGAGAGAGCUCAAGGCCUCAGGAAAUGUGGGGCCGUUUGUGCUGCAGCGGAUGGCGCAGCUGACAGUGGCAGCUGUACGUACACCCGAAACAGCAGCAGCAGGCGGCGGAGAGUCCCGCAUUUCUUUUCAGAUUUAUUUAAAUCAACCCGAGGCUCUGAACUCCCUCAACCGGCAGUUUGCUGCUGCUGCUGCUGCUGCUGCUGCUGCUGCACCUGCUGCAGCAGCAGCAACAGCGCCCACUUGCCCGCAGCAAAACGUCCGCAGCAGCCUUUUGGCUCUCAAGCCCCAAGAGACUGCCUUUGUUGCCACGUGGUUUUCGAUUCCGCGCGAGAAGACCUACGGGUUGUACCCGCGGGACUUCCGCGUGCGGGUGUUUUGCCACUCAGCAGCAGACUGCAGUUUGGCUCAGUUUUCUUUUUGCUUCCGAAUUGCCUGCCCCAUAAAGUCUGCUGCAGCAGAAGCAGCAGCAGCAGCAGCAGAGGACGCCAUGCAGCACCCCGUGGGGCCGCAGCAGCAGCAGCUCAAGGCCGCGCCGCUGCUGCAGCAGCAGCAGCAGCAGCAGCAGCUGCUGCUGCAGCAGCAGCAGCAAAAAGUCAAGCAGCUGCAGUUCAGAGGCAGGUACGGCUUCAUUCCCUACUGGGCUGCAGCUGCCUAUACACCCCAAACCAACUGGGCCGUCACUGCAGCAGCAGCUGCUGCUGCUGCUGCUGCUUUCUUUCUUUUCUAA